AUGAACCAAUGGUCCGCUUACCUGUUGGGAUGGAUGACCUUCAUCCUCUACUCCUACGAAACAGGGACAAGUGACAAGGCUAUGUGCAUCUUUCCCUUCACCUACAAAGGGUCUGUCUACUUCUCUUGCACCAGAAGCGGCAGCCUCUCGCCGUGGUGCGCAACCAGAGCCGUGUACGACGGGCAGUGGAAGCUGUGCUCGGUGGAAGAUUACCCACGAUGCGUCUUCCCCUUCAUCUACCGAGGGAAGUCCUAUCACAGCUGCAUCACGGAAGGCAGCUUCUUUGGAAGGCUGUGGUGCUCAGUGACCUCCAGCUUUGAUGAGAAGCAGCAGUGGAAAUACUGUGAAGUCACCGAGUACGGGGGAAACUCCUUCAGCAAGCCCUGCAUCUUCCCCUCCAUCUACAGAAAUCAUCUGAUCUCGGAGUGCGUCGAGGAGGACAACAAGCUCUGGUGCCCAACCACGGAGAACAUGGACGAGGACGGGAAGUGGAGUCUAUGCGCCGACACCCGAGUUUCCUCCUUGGUUCCUGGCUCUCCCUGCCACUUCCCAUUCAACUAUAAAAACAAGAAUUAUUUUAACUGCACUAGCAAAGGAUCCAAGGGGAACCUUCUGUGGUGCGCAACCUCUUACAACUAUGACCAGGACCACACCUGGGUGUAUUGCUGA